AUCGGGUCCGAUGGGGUUCGCCGCGACCCCCGAACCGCCUAAGGCCCCUGAGCGCGCUGCUGCCCCCUGCUGACCGCUGCGCCCUCGGCACCAACCGACCAUCCAUCCAUCCAUCCAUCCAUCACCCUGCGCGUUGUCAUGGCGACCGGGGACCGGUGAAGCGCUUACUCUGUGCCAAGCGCUGUGCUGAGCGCUGGAAGGGCGAUACAAGGUGCCAAGCCGCCCCUGGCCCAUGGCCACCAGCGCCGGGGACCCCCGAUCGUGGCCGUGCUGAGCCGGGCCCCGUCCGAAGCCGGGGAUGGCGGGCCAGUUCCGCAGCUACGUGUGGGACCCCGUCCUCAUCGUCUCCCAAAUCGUCCUCAUGCAGACCAUCUACUACAGCUCCCUGGGGCUCUGGCUGGCGCUGGUGGACAGCCUGGUGCAGAUGGGCCCCUCCCUGGAUCAGAUGUUCAACUACGAGAUCCUGGGCUUCUCCACCCCUCCUGGUCGACUCUCCAUGAUGGCCUUUAUUCUUAACGCCCUGACCUGUUUCUCUCCCCUUCUCCGUCCCCGCAGCGCCCUGGGCUUGCUGUACUUCAUCCGGCGGGGGAAGCAAUGUCUGGACUUCACAGUCACUGUGCACUUCUUCCAUUUCCUGGGCUGCUGGCUGUACAGCGCCCGCUUUCCCUCCACCCUCACCUGGUGGCUCGUACACGCCGUGUGCAUCGCGCUAAUGGCCGUCAUCGGGGAAUACCUGUGCAUGCGGACGGAGCUCAAAGAGAUCCCCCUCAACUCGGCCCCCAAAUCCAACGUCUAAACGGGAGGUCCCACCGCCCCCCGGACCCGGCCGAGCCGCCCCGACGACGACGGUUGGGCCACGGACGGAGCGGCCUGGUGGCCCGGCGACGUUGCCUGCCGGGACGGCGAGGCAGGAGGGAGCGUUAAAUCUGAGAGGGUCUCCCGGCUACUGGGUCUCGCUGAGGGGCGAGUUGGGUUUUGUGGUUUAAAUCGAGGAACUGCGGAGCGGACGGUUUAUCCCGGCCUUCGGCUCUCCUCCCUGGGGCGUCGGGCUUCGUCCCCCGGUCCGAAGGGAUAAACUCGUGUCGCCGUCCUCGCUUCCAGGACCGGGGCCGAAGUUGGGCCGGCCGAGGUAUCAAGCACAAGGGAAACGCACAGUACCCCCCCUUUCCCCAUGUGGACGAACGGACUUCCAUCCCGCAUCCUUCGGUUCACCCAGAGGAAAACCACGACCCUGUUCCGGGCCCAUCCCCUUCUAGGAGAGCCACUUCCAUCCAGCCCGGAAUUAUCCCGGCAGCCCGGAGCCCGUCUGUCAGCUCUGGCCUCCGGUUUCUCCGGCCCGAUCUCCCGAUUAGCUGCUGGGAUGAGGGCGGAUGGUUUAUCGGGAUUUUGCUGAAGUUUUACUCCGGAGGGGACGGCGGGAGAGGUUGCCCGGCGCCCGGAAAACCCCUCUUCCUUUGUACAUAAAGACGGUAUUUUCCACUGUU